UCAUAGGGGUAUUUACCUGAAUAGGUCUUAAUUUGUCUUGAGCUGGGGGGCCGGACCGGCCUUUAAAACCCUUUUCCUGAAUUUCGCAAGUGCGACUGUGUUUUGUGCUUUUAGGGCGCUAUAAAAGAAUGCCUGUAUUCAAUCCCCGCUAAACCAACGGCACGCCGGCACGGACCGCCGCCGAAACGGAAUUUGCCGAACGGCUCGGCGAACACGCGCACCGUAAAGCCCCGCCGACCGGGCGUAGGUCACUAACGUAUUUAAAGCAUGACGCUCAAGGUGUCGGCGCCGGAUGGCGUCAAGGUGUACCAUAUCACCAGCGGCAAGACUAUGCCGCAGUGGGUUGCGGAGAGCAAAAAGAAGUCGCUCAAAAAGAAUGACGAAUACCGGCGGCGCCUGGAGCUGAUUCAGGAUUUUGGCUUCAAGUCUGCGGCGCAGCGGGUGAAGGUCACACCUGACCAGAACUACAUCUUUGCCACUGGAUACCACCCUUUUUCGCUCCGCUGCUUCGACCUGUCCAACCUGUCCAUGAAGUUCGAACGCAACCUGGACGCCGAGGUGGUGGACUUCCAGAUCCUGUCCGACGACUUCUCCAAACUGGCCUUCCUGUGCUCCGACCGCUCCAUCAUGUUCCACGCGCGCUUCGGCUCCUACUACCGCACGCGUGUGCCCAAGUUCGGUCGCGACCUGGCCUACUUCGCCCCGGCCGCCGAGCUGCUGGUGGCGGGCAGCGCCAACGAGGUGUACCGCCUCAACCUGGCGGAGGGCCGCUUCAUGAGCCCGCUGCCCACAGCCGCGCCGGCCAACAACGCCUGCGGCGUGUGCCCCGCCCACGGGCUGUUCGCCACGGCUGGCGAGGACGGGCAGCUGGAGUGCUUUGACCUCCGGCAGCGCACCAGCGUAGGACUGCUGGAAGCGGCGGCGGCGGCGGGGGCGCCGGGCCAGGAGCUGACAGCGCUGCGCUUUGACGACAGCGGCCUGCACGUGGCUGUGGGGACCUCCAACGGUCUGGUGGCGCUGUACGACCUGCGGUCGCAGCGGCCGUUGGUGGUUAAGGAUCACAUGUACGGCAGCAAAAUUGUGGACAUCAAGUUCCACUCGUACGGCGCGGACGCGAGCGCCGGCAAUCGCCGCGUGAUCAGCAGCGACAAGCACAUUAUCAAGGUGUGGGACAUCAACACGGGCGACAACUACACGUCCAUAGAGCCCGAGGAGGGAGACAUCAACGACGUGGCAGUGUGGCCCGACUCGGGCCUGAUCAUGGUCGCCAACGACUCGCCCAACAUGCACGGCUACUUCGUGCCCAGCCUGGGGCCGGCGCCGCGCUGGUGCUCACACCUGGAGGCCCUGACUGAGGAGCUGGCGGAGGCCGCGCCCACCGUGUACGACGACUACCGCUUCGUGACGCGCGCCGACCUGUCGCGUCUGGGCCUGGACCACCUCCUGGGCACCUCACUGCUGCGGGCAUACAUGCACGGCUUCUUCGUCGACAACAGGCUGUACGCCAAGGCCAAGGCGCUGAUGGACCCGUUUGCGUACGAGACGUACCGCCAGCAGCGCAUCGCCAAGAAGAUGGAGGAGGAGCGCACCGCGCGCAUCUCCAUCCUCAAGAAGCUGCCCAAGGUCAACACCAACGUCGCGGCGCGCAUCAUGGCCGAGUCUGCCGUCGCCGCCGCCAAGGCCGCCGAGCAGGCCGCCGCCGCCGCAGGCGCUGGAGGCGACGAGGACGGCGCGGCAGCCGCUGCCGCGGCCGCCGGCUCUAAGAAGGGCAAGGUAUCCAAGGAGGCUGCGGCCGCCGCGGCGGGCGCCAACAUGCUGUCGGACAACCGUUUCUCUGCCAUGUUCGAGGACCCGGAUUUCGCGAUUGACGAGGAGGCGGAGGAGUACCGCAUGCUGCACCCCAACGCCGUGCGCGAGAAGCGGGCGGAGCAGGACCUGCUGCGGGAACACUUCCAGGAGGUGCUGGACAAGGAGGAGCAGUCGGACGAGGGCGACGGCGACGGCGACGAUGAGAGCGGCGACGAGCUCGACGAGAUGGGCGAGCGCCCCUCCGCCGCGUCCGGCGCCAGGCCCCUCGACGGAAACAACAAGCGCAGCCGCAGCGCCGACGCCAAACGCCUUCCGGACCGGCCGGCGGCGGGCGGCGACGCCAAGCGCGCGCGAACGGCGGGCGGCGCGGGCGGGCCGAGCAUGUUCGUGGCACGUGACGCGGCGGCGGCGGAGGCGUUCCGCCGUGGCGAGAGCUUGGCGGAGAAGAUGAACCAGCCACUGGCGGACCGUAUGGCGAUGGAGCCGGCGAGCGCGCCGCCGCGGCGGCUGGGCGGGAGUCGCGAGGUGUCGUUCGUGCCGCGCAGCGGUGGCGAGUUCCGUGGCGGGAGAGGCGGCGCCGGCGGGCGGGGGCGAGGCGGCGGUCGCGGCGAGCGCGGGCGCGCGGGCCGUCGCGAGGCGGGGGCCGGGGAGGAGGCGGGCGAGGGCGGGGCGGCGGUGGUCGGGGCCGCGGAGGUGGUGGCGGUGGUGGGCGAGGCCGGGGUGGCGGUGGCCGCGGCGGUGGCGGCGGGAGAGGCCGGGGCGGUGGCGGCAGCCGGGGGCGGGGCCGGCGGUAAGCGCGGGCUAGGGUGCGGUGCGAAUAGCUUCAGUGUACUGUAGGCAGGAACGCAGGGUGCGUGGGCGCAGGAGGUAGGGGAGCUGUAGCAGCGGGCUGGGCAGACACUUUACGAAAGCAGUGCAGGAUUGUGUUGGUUAUGCCAGAAAGCGUUGGUGUGAUCAGAGGGGCCAGGGGCACGGCCUUGCUGUGCAAGUCGGAUUUGCAAGGUUUCUAGCGCAUUGUGGAAGCAAUUAAGCUGGCUGGCAAUGCCACUGCUUGGAGUACGCAAGUGCACCGCGUGCACGCAGCAGGGAUGCGACGCUACGCGUAUGAUAUGCUGUGUCCAGACU